GAGGGUCAUGUGACGAAGCAACUUCCCGUCCCCUUCUGCAGGUUUUCCCGAGCCCUACUUCCUGCACUGUCGUACAGAAGCGCGUGCCGAGGCUUAGUGCGUUUGGAGGCCGCUGGACGCCUGGCCUGGGGCGGCUGUGAUCUGGGAGUGCGGCCGCUGGAACAUGGAGGGUCCUCCGGAGGGGAAGGCACCCGCGGCGGCGCUGGCCGCUGUGCUGAAGCACAGCUCGGCGCUGCCCUCCGAGAGCUCCCAAGUCCGAGGCUACGACUUCAACCGCGGCGUGGACUACCGUGCGCUACUGGAGGCCUUCGGCACCACUGGCUUCCAGGCCACCAACUUCGGGCGCGCAGUGCAGCAAGUCAACGCCAUGAUAGAGAAGAAACUAGAACCGCUGUCGCAGGAUGAAGACCACCAUGCAGACCUGACCAAGAGCCACCGCCCACUUACUGGCUGCACCAUCUUUCUGGGCUACACAUCCAAUCUCAUCAGUUCAGGCAUCCGUGAGACCAUCCGUUACCUCGUGCAGCACAACAUGGUGGACGUCUUAGUGACCACAGCUGGCGGUGUGGAGGAAGAUUUUAUCAAGUGCCUGGCACCCACGUACCUGGGCGAUUUCAGUCUCAGGGGGAAGGAGCUACGUGAGAACGGGAUCAACAGGAUUGGAAACUUACUGGUGCCCAAUGACAAUUACUGCAAGUUUGAGGACUGGUUGAUGCCCAUUCUGGACCAGAUGGUGCUGGAGCAGAACACGGAGGGUGUGAAGUGGACACCUUCCAAGAUGAUUGCCCGCCUGGGCAAGGAGAUCAACAACCCAGAAUCAGUGUAUUACUGGGCCCAGAAGAACCACAUCCCUGUGUUGAGCCCAGCGCUCACUGACGGCUCCCUGGGUGACAUGAUCUUCUUCCAUUCCUACAAGAACCCCGGCCUGGUCCUGGACAUCGUCGAGGACCUGCGGCUCAUCAACACACAGGCCAUCUUUGCCAAGAGCACUGGCAUGAUCAUCCUGGGCGGGGGUUUGGUCAAGCAUCAUAUUGCCAACGCCAACCUCAUGGUGAGUGGGGACAGAGUACCUGGCCGGACGAAGCAGUGUCUUGGGGCAAGAUCCGGGUGGAUGCCCAGCCUGUCAAGGUCUAUGCCGACGCCUCCCUGGUCUUCCCCCUGCUUGUGGCUGAAACCUUUGCCCAGAGGAGAGAUGCCUUCGUGCCUGAGAAGAAUGACGACUGAGUGGCUACGGUUCCAGGGAAGUCCCCCCUCGCCUCUAUUUAUUAGCUUGCACACCCAACCCCUCCCUCCCUCCUUGAUCAGCCUCGUGUCUAGAAUAAAUGGUCUCCGUGAUCCUGCUGAGUCUGUGUCCGUGUCCUUGGCGGCAGUGGGUCCCCACCUUCAGCUGGUGCCACCCUCAGCCUCAUAAGCCUCCUCCCGCCAG